AUGACUUGGCCACUCGUCAGUUGGCUUUUAUCUUCUUCUUCGUCUUCGUCCACAUCCUCCUCCGAAUACGACAACGAAGACAUAUUUGACGAACCAGACAUUAAUGACCCCAAAUCAACAAACGACGACGACGAUCAUGAUCACAAUCAAGAAGACGAUUACGACGGCGUUGAUUCCGUUACCGUAGCCGUUACAAGAAACGCUGAUCCUUCUUUCUCCACUUCGAAACGACGCCGUACCGACGACGACGACGACGAUUACUACCCAAACGCGGCGGCCGCUAAGAAAGUUAAUUUGCAAAAGAGAGUUUGGAGCGAAGAGGACGAAAUCGAGCUCUUACAGAGCUUCCUCGACUACACCGUAACUCGGAAACUCGGUCCGCACCGGAGAACGGCUAACUCGUUCUACAAUGACCGGGUUAAGCCCGAGUUAAGGGGCCGAUUCAACCAGAACCAACUGGCUGAUAAGCUGAGGAGAAUGAGGAGAAAGUACCAAAUAACCUUUAGCAAGUUGAAGAACUCGGGUGUGGAUUUCCGGUUCAGGAAUCCGCACGAGAGGGGCAUUUUCGAGAUUUCACAGAAGAUAUGGAGUUGCAGAGGUGGUGGCGGUAGUGGUAGUAAUGAUCAGAUGCUGAGUCAACAGGAUUAUGAGAUAGAGAAAUGGAUAUUGAAAACGGCGUCGUUUGAAGAAGAAGAAGAAGAAAUGGGAGAUGAGAAAUGGAGGGAAGAGAAGAUUAGGGGUUUGGAGAUUUAUUCAAAACGGCUUGAGUCGAUUCAGACUCAUAUUAAGGCUGCUUUGGAAAAGUUAAGAAAAGGACCAACCAUAAACAUUGUUGAUGAGGCUGCUCCUGCUGACGUGUGA